AUGAGAACGAGCGGCCGGCCGUACGCAUUCGAGUACCGACUUGGUGGAGCAUCGUCGAGCAAACCAGGCACGGGUUGUCUGCAGAGCUCGGCGCGAUGGACCGCUAUCGCCCGUUGCCCUUGCUCCUCCCCAAAAGCCUCCGUAGAGCUGCCAAGCUGCAUCGUUAAAAACCCUCCGAAGCAUCACUCUCGUCGCAUGACAGUGUUUGUACUUCGCCAUGGCUUCUUGCUUCGCACGUCGACGGGCUUGACGGCCUUUGCCUUGAUGCAUUUGAUUCGGUCGCACAUCUGCUGCACAACAAUUGCAGUGGCCUCGUCGUAA